AUGAAAAUGAAUCAGGAAAAUUUGCCCACAUACGACAACAUAGGCUUUCAGAAUGAGGAAGGGAGACCACCACCAUAUGCCCCACAGCAUGGGUUAUAUCCCUCUAUCCCUCAAGCAACUCCAAGCUACGUUGCCUUCGCCCCUAACCCAAUCAACACCCACCAUUCCACAGCACCUGCCAUACCACAAGAUACAACAGAAAACAAAGAAACAAAGCGGUGUCCAUGGAAUCGCAUCCUUUGUGCAUCCUUAUGUGUUGUUCUUAUCCUGACGGUGCUCGCCCUCCUAUUGUGGUACUUCUUAUCCUACAAGUGUGCACUGGGAAGGCCAUGCAUAUAUAGUGGAAAGUGUCUAUACAAGUCCCAGUGGUGUGAUGGAGUCCAAGACUGUUCCCAUGGAGAGGAUGAGGCCUUUUGCUUUCGCCUUCAUGGGAGCAACUAUAUUUUGGAGGGUUUCUCAUCGCAUAGCCAAUCGUGGAUGCCCGUAUGUGGUGACAAAUGGGAUGACAACUAUGGAAGAACUGUGUGUGAGCAAAUGGGUUAUAAGAGGCAGGAUUAUGUAUCCUUCAGCCAAACAAACACUGGUUCUUCAGCCUCGAAAGGAUUCAUGAAGCUGAUGCCUGGCAGUGACCAUAAGUCGCAAAUACACUCACAGCUAUCUUACAGCCAAACCUGCAAAACGAGUUCUGUUCGGCUUCGUUGUAUGGAUUGUGGAGAGAGUUUUGCACCCUUCAGCAGUCGCAUCGUAGGGGGUACCGAAGCUGUAAAUGGAGCCUGGCCAUGGCAGGUCAGUCUCCAGAUUUCUGGUCGUAGACACUUGUGUGGGGGCUCCAUUAUCAGCCCAUAUUGGAUUCUAUCUGCUGCGCACUGCUUCCAACAGUUCUCCAGACCAUCAAAAUGGACAGUCCAGUCUGGCGACAUAAGCUUAUUUCAAAUGAGAUUUAACAAGGGCAACAAAGUUAGUAAAAUCAUCAGUCAUGAGGAAUACAACCCAGAAACAAACGACAACGACAUAGCUCUUCUGAAGCUGAAAACACCCUUGAUAUUUUCAGAUACAGUCAAGCCAGUUUGCCUGCCAAACUUUGGAAUGGAAUUCUCAGCUGGACAACCAGCUUGGACCACCGGUUGGGGAGCUUUGCGAUCAUCAGGCCCAUCCCCAGAUAUACUCAAUCAAGCAGAAGUGACAAUUUACAGCACACAGGAAUGUAACAAACGUACAAUAUUGAAUGGGGCAGUUACAGAAUCAAUGAUUUGUGCUGGAGAAUUAAACGGAGGUGUAGAUUCAUGUCAGGGUGACAGUGGAGGGCCCUUGGUGGUCAGAAAGGCAGAUGUCUGGUGGCUGGCAGGAGACACUAGUUGGGGGAUUGGUUGUGCUCUGAAGAACAAACCUGGUGUCUACGGCAAUGUCACCCACUUUCUUAACUGGAUAUUUUGGCAGAUGCAGGUACAGUGA